GCGGGUCGCCCUCACGUUACCUCGAUCCCCUUCCACGUCCGUUCACCAGUUCUUUAAUCGCGCCUCCCAAUUUCUUUAUCCCCGCCACGGAGAUCGGAGAUCAUCACCCUAUCAUUCUUUACCUGCCCGCCUGCCCGGUGGUUGCACCGAUCGAAUGGAAGCCGCAGCGGCAGCGCCUCGUUUGACCUACCCUUCUUCUAUACCACUCUGAGCCCGUACGGGGGAUCGCUGGACGCCCACGCUGCUUGCCCGUCCGUCCGUCCGUCCAUGGAACGCAGGUCAAAAGGAAAGAAUAGUUCAACAGCCAAAUGGGGCCGCAGUUGCCGUGUUGCUGGACUUGAGGCACCAGGCACCCCGUCCACGCCAAGCCACCAAUGGAGACGCGCGCGGGGCUCCCGGACCGUAAUGGCGGUGCCUUCUUGAUCGACCGGGCGGCGGAGAUGGACGGCCCCUUCGUCGUCGUCGGCCAGACGGGCACGGGCGGCGGCGAGGGCAGGGUCGGCGCCACCAACAUCGGGAGGCUGCGGCAGGGGAAGGCCAAGGGGGGCGGCGUCAACGUCACCUCGUGGCACCUCAGGGUGUUCGCCGUGGUGGUCGGGGUCAUGGGCUGCCUCCUGCUCGCCGCCUCCCUCGUCAUGUCCGCGCUUCACCAGGUGCAGUUCCGGAACGGUGCCAUCUCCGUCAACUUCAGGGGCCUCCAGGAGCUCAAGCAGAAUUUUGUCAAGAAGGAACAGUCAGAGCAGAUAAUGCAUGAAAGACUUUUGCAGAUGGCAGCUUUGGCCACCACCAAGAACGAGACAGGCAGUGGAAAUUUCGCACUGUGGGAGGAACCCUACAGACAGGCGCGGAAAUGGACACCCUGCGCCGCCAAAUACACCUUGGUCGAAGAAGAGCCUAGCGAGAACAACAACGGCUUCGUUCUCAUAAGCGCAAACGGCGGCCUGAACCAACAGCGUGUCGCCGUGUGCAAUGCUGUUGUCGUUGCAGCCCUGCUUAAUGCCACGCUAGUUCUGCCCCGGUUUCUUCACAGCAGCGUGUGGAAGGACAAGAGUCAGUUCGGCGACAUCUACCAGCAAGAUUACUUCGUGAACUACAUGAAGACCGAUGUACACAUUGUGAAAGAUUUACCACCCCAUCUUCAGUCGCUGGAUCUCGAGGCAAUCGGCAGCCAAAUCACCGAUAACGAGAUCACGAAAGAGGCUGAGCCAUCUGAAUUCAUCAGAACUGCACUUCCCAUUCUUCAGAAAAAUGGCGUUGUUCAUUUCCUCGGAUUCGGUAACCGUCUCGGCUUCGACUCGGUUCCUGCCGAUCUGCAGAGGCUGCGGUGCAGAUGCAACUUCCACGCACUCAAGUUCGCCCCGGAGAUCCAGAAGCUGGGCUCGCUGCUGGUCCAACGGCUGCGGGGGGUGAGCGCGAUGCAGACGGAGAUGGACAAGCAGCUGUUCGGGAGCAACAUGCUGGACCGGCCGUUCGGGGAUAAGGGCAGCGACGACGCCGGCGGGCCGACCAGGUACCUCGCCCUGCACAUGAGGUUCGAGGAGGACAUGGUGGCCUACUCCCUCUGCGAGUUCGGCGGCGGCGAGGAGGAGAGGAGGGAGCUGCAGGCCUUCAGGGAGACCCACUUCCCGGCCCUCGCGGCGCGCCUCCGGAACACCACGGUGUCGCCGGAGGAGCUGCGGAGCCAGGGGAGGUGCCCGUUGACGCCCGAGGAGGCCGGGCUCAUCCUGGGCGCGCUCGGCUACGAGCGAGGGACGUUCAUCUACGUGGCCGGGUCGCAGAUAUACGGCGGCGCGGCGCGGCUGCGCCCUCUCACGCGGCUGUACCCGAACCUGGUCACCAAGGAGGACAUCCUCUCCUCCGACGAGCUCGCGCCGCUGAAGAACUUCUCCUCCCGGCUCGCGGCGCUGGACUUCAUCGCGUGCGCCUCGUCGGACGUGUUCGCGGUGACGGACUCCGGCAGCCAGCUGUCGUCGCUGGUGUCGGGGCACCGCGUGUACCACGGCAGGGGCCGCGCGCCGACGCUGCACCCCAACCGGAAGCGGUACGCGCAGAUCCUGUCCGAGGAGGCCGGCAUCGAGUGGGCCGGGUUCCAGAGGAGGGUCAGGGCCAUGGUGGACGAGUACAAGCGGGUCCGGGCCCGGCCCAGGGGCCGGACCGUCUACCGGCAGCCCAGGACGCCCGGGUGCAUGUGCAGGGCCGGUGGCGACGGCAGCGUCGACUUCUGAAUUUUCUAUUCUGAUGAAACGACACGAUGGCCGGCCAUUCUUCUCCUUUUGCGGUUACUAUUUGUUUCGUUCUUUUGUGCAUAGCUUAACUUGUAAUCUUUUCUGUAGCUCUAGGAACAUGGCAGGUUCGGUUGAAAGGUAUAGAGUACAUGCGGUUUGAUAGAUUGUAAAAGAGGGGGUUUGCUAGGGAGAGUUGUACAGAAGAUGACAUAUUACGUCUUGCUAAUAUUAUUUGUUGGGAAAAUCUAA